GAUCACGUUACGGCCUGUUGUGGUCACAUGACAAGGUGGAGAGUCGGAGACAUUCUGCCGCUUCUGCUUUUUCUUAUCCGGACGUGAUCUAAAACGGCAUGUACUGUCCGCUCAGAAUCUGUAGCUUGUAUCCUGGGCAGGAGUAGCAGCGACAUGGCUGCUGAUGACAAGUCCUCCUCCUCCUCCUCAACAGACUGGAGCACCGAGCCGCCGCUCAUCUCGCCCACCAGCCCCUCCCACCUGACUCACUUCAAACCCCUGUCUCCAGAGCAGGAUGAGCCCCCACUCCGCUCCGCAUACAGCUCAUUUGUGAACCUGUUCCGUUUCAACAUCAAAGAGGAGGGACGGCCUCCUUCAACUGUUUCAGAGAAGUCCGAUGCGCCAUCGUCGUCUCCUCAGUCAUCGAGGAGCAGUUGGUCUUCCAGCCCUACUCACUCCAUCUCCGGGCCAAGAACGCACCGUAAACAGCAUCCUGAACCCCUUCGACGGACCUCCACUGCCUCGGAUGGGAGCAGAAAAUCUGACACUCCUCUUAGCAAUCAUGACCCUCGCACAGCAGUGCAAUUUCGCACUGCACUGAAGAGGCUGAAGGAAAUCAUGGAAGGAAAGAGUCAGAACAGUGAUCUAAAGCAGUAUUGGAUGCCCGACAGUCAGUGUAAAGAGUGUUACGACUGUAACGAGAAGUUCACCACCUUCCGUCGCCGCCACCACUGCCGACUGUGUGGCCAGAUCUUCUGCAGCCGCUGUUGCAACCAGGAGAUCCCUGGAAAGUUCAUGGGCUACACAGGAGACCUACGGGCCUGCACGUACUGCCGUAAACUAGCCCUGAGCUACGCUCACUCAGCUGACUCGGGGUCCAUCAGUGAGGACCUGAGUGUCUUGUCUGACUCUCCCUGCUCAGUGUGUGUGUUGGAGCCCAGCGAGCCUCGGACACCAGUGGGGGGGCGUAAGGCCAGCAGGAACAUCUUCCUCGAAGAAGAUCUCACCUGGCAGAGAAAAACUCCCAUUGGGAUGAGAAAGACUAUGAUUCACCAGGAGCCUCAGAACAGCGGCCUGGCUUCCAGACUGACAGCUCUACCAGAAGAUGUGGGCAAAUCACCGGCCAGGAAGAGGUCUGCCAGUGUGACCAACAUGUCCCUGGACCGCUCUGUAUCCUCCAUGGUGCCUUCCUAUGACAACUCGGUCAGCCCACCGACCAGCCGGGCCAUGUCAGGCACCAAGAGUGGCUCCAAGUUGGACCACAGUGAGGAGGAGAGGAAAAUCCUACUGGACUCCUCCCAGCUAAAGGACUUGUGGAAGAAAAUCUGCCAUAACAGCACCGGGAUGGAGUUCCAGGACCACCGGUACUGGCUGAGGACUUACCCAAACUGCAUUGUGGGAAAGGAGCUUGUCAACUGGCUGCUGACCAACGGCACCAUCUCCACCAGGGCUCAAGCUAUUGCUAUAGGCCAGGCAUUAGUAGAUGGUCGGUGGCUGGACUGCGUCACUCACCACGACCAGCUGUUCAGAGAUGAGUACGCUCUCUACCGCCCUCUCCAGAGUACAGAGUUCUCAGAAACGCCAUCUCCAGACAGUGAUAGUGUCAACUCCCUGGAGGGACAUUCAGAGCCGUCUUGGUUUAAAGACAUCAAGUAUGAUGACAGCGACACAGAGCAGCCCGCAGAUGAGAAUGAGUACACCCUGCCCAACUCAGCCAGCCCCAGCAAGAGGACGUCUGUCAGCAGCAUCCAGUCCGUAAUCGACAGCGAUUCAGCAUCGUCCAUCAACCUCAACAUGGAGCAAAACAAUGUGAACUUCCACAUUAAAAAACAGUCCAAGUACCCCCACGUGCCUCCUGCUGCUGAACCGAAAGCUGAAUUUCUGGUUUCUGAGGAUGGUGGUCAGAACAUUGUCAUAAGUGAUGCCUUCCUCAAGGAGUCUCUGUUCAACCGUCGAGUAGAGGAGAAAGCCAAGGAGAUGAUGUUUACCCCGCUGGGUUGGCACCACAGCUCUCUGGACCAGCUCCGCGAGGAGAACGGGGAGAAGGCAGCCAUGGAGAGACUGCUUUCAGCCAACCACAGCCACAUGAUGGCGUUGCUGCAGCAGCUGCUCUACAGCGAGUCUCUGUCUCUGUCCUGGAGGGAUAUCAUCGUCCCUGUGGUCCAGCAGGUCGUCCAGACAGUGAGACCCGAUGUUCGCAACUGUGAUGAUGACAUGGACAUCCGCCAGCAUGUCCACAUCAAGAAGAUUCCUGGAGGUAGGAAGUUUGACUCUACAGUGGUGAACGGCUUCAUUUGCACUAAGAACAUUGCCCACAAGAAAAUGAACGCCUACAUCAAGAAUCCGAAGAUUCUGCUGCUGAAAUGCUCCAUAGAGUACCUGUACAGGGAGGAAACUAAGUUCACCUGCAUUGAUCCCAUCGUGCUUCAGGAACGAGAGUUUUUGAAAAACUAUGUGCAGCGAAUAGUGGACGUCCGUCCAACGCUGGUGUUGGUGGAGAAGACGGUGUCGCGUAUUGCUCAGGACAUGCUGUUAGACAACGGCAUCACCCUGGUCAUCAACGUCAAACCGCAAGUCUUAGACCGGGUUAGUCGUAUGACCCAGGGGGAUCUGGUAAUGUCCAUGGAUCAGCUGCUCACCAAACCUCGUCUUGGGACCUGCCACAAGUUCUACCUGCAGCCCUUCACCCUGGCCAACGAUGAAGUGAAGACUCUGAUGUUCUUUGAAGGCUGUCCACCUCACCUAGGAUGCUCCAUCAAGCUGCGUGGUGCCUCAUCGUACGAGCUGGCUCGGGUAAAGGAGAUCAUUAUGCUGAUGAUGUGCGUGGCCUACCACUCCCAACUGGAGAUCUCGUUCCUCAUGGAUGAGUUUGCCAUGCCGCCCAGUCUUGCCCAGAGCGCCUCGUUCCCCUGCCUGCUGGAAGGCACCUCCACGUUGGAGGAGGCAGAUGGAGAUGAGGGAAGGAUGGAAACAAAUGAAGACAGCCAGGAGACAAUCACAGGCAUUGAAGACUCUGCCCCAGGAGGACAUCCUGAGGGAACCCAGCUUUCCUCAGAGACAGACAGCCUCCAAGACAAAGGAAACGCAAAAUUAAUGUCCUCUGUCCAAGAGGACGUCGGAGACACAGAGACAGUAACCUCAACCCCAUUUUCCACUCCACCUGCACCGCAUAUAUCUGUUUCUCCUCCAUUCCUCAUGGAGGAGAAGGAGGAGAUGACACACUCAGACCCUAUGAUCAACGUGUCUGAGUUUGGAACAGGAGAAGAUAGAGAUGCAGUGAAUGGGGACGAGUCAUUAAGUACCAGAGAUGGGGAAGGUUCAGACACUUCCAGGCUGUUUCGAGAUCCUCUGCAGGAUGACACAGGGUUGUUCGUGACUGAGCAAGUGGCUUCAUCUGAUGACCGUCUAAAGACCAUCUCAGCUCUCUUUAAGCAGGAGCUGAAAGACAUCAUUCUGUGCAUCUCUCCCUUCAUCACAUUUAAAGAACCAUUCCUUCUCACACUGGCUGGCAUGCACUGUCCCAGCAGGGAUUACUUCCCUGAACAGGUUUUUCUAUCUCUUCUCCUAAACAAGGACUUGAAGGAACUGGACAGCCGCAGAAAGCGACAGCUCCUGAAAGACUUGGCUCCUUCGUCCCUGGUGGGAGGUCAGACCAACGGUUGUGCACCCCAGAGGCCCAUCAGCUUCCUGCCAUGCCAUAGUCUGACUAGCACCCGCAUCGUCGAUCAACUGAACAGCAGCCAGGACUUGGCCAAGAUGCUUGCAGAUUACAGAGCGAAGGGAGGCCGCAUUCAGCAGAGGGAAGCCAGCGACCCCUUCAGUACUGCUAAUGCUGUGUGUGGCCAGAGCAGGGUGGGGGAGGCACCAGUUAAACCAGCAAUGAGGAGUGACAGUGAAGUGGAGAAGCCCAGCAAACAGAACGACUUGAACUGGUCCCCUAAAAUGGACUGUCUGAACCCUGUCAACCAUCAGAGACUGUGUGUGCUUUUCAGCAGUUCAUCAGCUCAGUCCAACAAUGCACCCAACCCCUGCGUCAGCCCAUGGAUUGUCACAAUGGAGUUUUAUGGCAAGAAUGAUCUCUCACUUGGUGUGUUUUUGGAGAGAUACUGUUUCAGGCCAUCCUACCAAUGCCCCAGCAUGUUCUGUGAGACUCCUAUGGUUCAUCACAUCCGUCGGUUCGUGCACGGCAGUGGUUGCGUGCAGAUUGUCUUAAAGGAGCUGGACUCCCCUGUGCCUGGAUAUCAACACACAAUUCUCAACUAUUCCUGGUGUCGCAUCUGCAAACAAGUGACACCGGUGGUGCCUCUCUCCAGCGAUUCAUGGUCGAUGUCGUUUGCCAAAUAUCUGGAGCUCCGCUUCUACGGCCACCAGUACACGAGACGGGCCAAUGCAGAGCCCUGCGGACACUCCAUUCACAAAGACUACCACCAGUACUUCUCAUACAACCAGAUGGUGGCGUCCUUCAGCUACACUUCAGUCAGGCUGCUGGAGAUUUGUCUUCCUCGGCCCAAGAUCCUGAUCAGAAACCUGGGUCCGUCCAAAACCAACCUGCAGCAGGACCUAAAGGACUUCUCUCAAAAAGUGGCUCAGGUCUACUCAGCUAUAGACGACCGCCUCACCUCUCUUAAGACCGACACCUUCAGUAAGAGUAGAGAGGAAAAGAUGGAGGACCUCUUUGCCCAGAAAGACAUGGAAGAGGCAGAGCUACGGAGCUGGAUUGAAAAGCUUCAGGCGCGACUGCAGGCCUGCGGGGUGGACUCUCCUCAACAGCUGCAGGCUGUGCUGGAGUCCCUGGUGAUAAAGAAACAGAGUCUGUGUGAGACGCUGCAGUCGUGGAACAGCAGACUUCAGGACUUGUUUCAGCAAGAGAAAGGAAGGAAGCGUUUGUCUGUUCCUCCGAGUCCAGGACGACACCGACAGACCGUCAAUGAGGAAAACAAGGGCACCUUGGAGUCCUCUCCACGUAACCCUUCUCCUGUGGUGCAGAAUGGAGAGAAAGAGGACCGACUCCUCAGCACCAUGCCCUCCUCCUCCUCCCUGCUGCCUUCACCAGGAGAUCCCGGGGCUGAACCAGUCACACCCGUUCCCUCAUUCACAGAGCAGGAUUCUGUGAGCAUCCCAGAGGAUGUGUUUGACGGACACUUGCUGGGCUCCACUGACAACCAGGUGAAGGAGAAAUCCACCAUGAAAGCAAUCCUUGCCAACUUUCUCCCUGGCAACAACUACAACCCUAUCCCCUUCCCUUUUGACCCAGACAAGCACUACCUGAUGUACGAGCACGAGCGUGUUCCCAUCGCCGUGUGUGAGAAGGAGCCAAGCUCCAUCAUAGCCUUUGCUCUCAGCUGCAAGGAGUAUAAGACAGCGCUGGAUGAUCUGUCGAAGGCGUCAAAUGGAGGAGGAGAGGAGAAUCCUCUGGUAAUGAGUGGUGGGGAGGGUCGGGCUAAGAGCAGCCCUGCCAGGCCGAGCGAGUCGGCCUCGUCCCAGCAGAGCCGCAGCAGCACAGAAGCCGAUCCCCUCAAGGACGCAGACUUGGCCGAGAAACAGAAGAAGCAGGUUCUGAAUCCACACAUUGAGCUACAGUUCUCUGAUGCCAAUGCCAAGUUUUACUGUCGGAUCUACUACGCCGAGGAAUUUCACAAGAUGCGUGAGAUCAUCAUGGAGAGCGCAGAGGAGGAUUUUAUCCGCUCGCUGUCCCACUGCGUAAACUGGCAGGCUCGUGGCGGGAAGUCUGGAGCCGUGUUCUACGCCACAGAAGACGACCGGUUCAUCCUGAAGCAGAUGCCGAGGCUGGAGGUUCAGUCUUUUCUGGACUUUGCUCCUCACUACUUCACCUACAUCACUGGAGCUGUGCAGCAGAAAAGGCCCACUGCUCUGGCAAAGAUCCUGGGCGUUUACCGGAUCGGUUAUAAGAACUCUCAGAACAACACAGAGAAGAAACUGGACCUGCUGGUGAUGGAGAAUCUCUUCUACGGACGAAAGAUGGCUCAGGUGUUUGACCUGAAAGGAUCUCUGCGGAACCGAAACGUGAAGACGGACUCUGGGAAGGAAAGCUGCGAGGUGGUUCUGCUGGACGAGAACCUCCUGAAGCUGAUCAACGACAACCCGCUCUACAUCCGCUCCCACUGCAAAGCCAUCCUGCGAGCUGCCAUUCACAGCGACGCCUACUUCCUCUCCAGCCACCUCAUCAUCGACUAUUCACUGCUGGUGGGACGAGACGACGCGACCAAUCAGCUGGUGGUCGGCAUCAUAGAUUAUAUCAGAACCUUCACUUGGGACAAAAAGCUGGAAAUGGUUGUGAAAUCCACUGGAAUCCUGGGAGGUCAAGGGAAGAUGCCCACUGUGGUUUCUCCAGAGUUGUACAGAGCUCGCUUCAGCGAGGCCAUGGACAAGUACUUCCUGAUGGUACCCGACCACUGGACCGGCCUAGGGAUCAACUGCUGAGUUUUGAGACUUGAAGGAGCUCCCUCAGACUCUAUGCACUAAAUCUGUUACCUGGAGCGUCAUUAGUGAACAGCACAGUAUCAUUCCACAGGAGCAGGAGUGCUCUGCAACUGAGGCAUUAAGACAACGAGAGCCGUUGUUAUCACAGGUAUAGUGAUGGAUGCUGUACUGUACUGUAUGUAGUAUGAGAAUUAUAAUUUGUCGUUCUGCAGCACAUUUGCAGAGGGUUUUAUUUUAUUAGUGCCAUGAAGGAGCUGCUGAAAACCUUUAAUAAUGUGGUUCUAGUUUGGUAAAUCUAAUUCAUGUAAUUUAAAGUUUGUAAAUGUACAGAGAUCAUGUUAUUAAAAGAUUAACA